CAUAUGUCAUUGUGAACGGGUCCUAAGUUAAUUUUAUUCCAUUGUUGGUAUAUUUAUAAAGCCACAGAGAACCAGUAUAUAUUAAUAUUUAGCAGUUUUAAUGUUAUUGUAAUAUCGGCGGAACGGAACGGACGUAUCCUAAUAAAAGCGUGCCUAUGCUUAGUGAAAAAAAAAAAUAAGAGGCUAGUAUGACUAUUUUCCCGCGCAUUAAAAUUAAUGGAGUCGUUUUUGCACUACUUAUUAUGUUUAUUGGACUACAGUUUAAGAGCAUCCUACAUACUAUUUCUGUGGUCGAAGUGAAAGUGUUAUUUCCAUUGAUACGGCUGGUUCAGAUUGCCAUUGUCAGUCUGUACCCUACAGACCACUCUUUAUAUCCAACACAAGCGAAUGUACAGGAUUCUCAAACGUUUGACUUCAUAAUAGUAGGUGCGGGAUCAGCUGGGUGUGUGCUGGCAAACCGACUCACAGAGGUUUCUGACUGGAAUGUCCUUCUGAUUGAAGCAGGAGACGAUCCGCCAACAGCUUCUCUUAUUCCAGGCUUAUCUGUAAUAGUAGCCGCCGCUCUACCUGACUGGAACUUCUUCACAGUCGACGAUGGAUACUCUAGCCAAGGGCUCAAAACAAAAACCAUCCACAACCGAAGAGGUAAAAUGCUCGGGGGAUCCAGCGGGACAAACUUCAUGUUUUACGUAAGAGGGAAUCAAAAAGACUACGAUAGAUGGGCCCAAGAUGGCAACGAAGGUUGGAACUGGGAUCAUGUCACCACAUACUUCAGGAAAAGUGAAAAUAUUAAAGAUGAAUUCUUAAUAAAAAGCGAUGCAGCUAAUUUACAUGGCUCAGAAGGGUUCUUAACCGUCACACAACCGGAUUGGGGAGAUGUGACCAAAGAUUACUUAAACGCCUUCAGAGAACAAGGCCAUGAUAUUCUUCUGGAUUAUAAUGGACACCAGCAGUUAGGAUAUGGUAUGUCUAGCUUUACGUCCGAUGAGAAAACUCGACAAAAUACUGCCAAUGCAUUCCUAAGUCCUAUAAAAAACAGGAAAAAUCUUCACGUAUUGAAAAAUACACUCGUGAGAAAAAUUCUCGUAAACAAAAAUAAACGAGCAAUAGGCGUUGAAGCAAGACUUCCUGGAGGACAAAUAAUAAAACUGAAUGCAAGAAACGAAGUCAUACUAUCAGCUGGAGCCAUUAAUACUCCGCAAUUAAUGAUGCUGUCCGGAAUAGGUCCUAAAGAUCACUUAGAAGAAAUGAAAAUAGACAUAGUUCUAGAUUCGCCAAACGUCGGACAAAAUAUGCAGGAUCACGCAUUAGUUCCUAUAUUAAUUAGUGGUAAGAAGAAAUUUUUAUCAAUAUUAGACAAUAUUAAACCUUUAGGAGAAACAAGCCGUUUUCCGAUGGCAUCAUUUUUGGGUUUCGUAGCACUGAACAAGUCUCAAGGCUAUCCAGAUUAUCAGAUUACUGCUAUACCUACGCCUACUGCGGCACUUUUGCCGCCUUUAUUGUGUUCGGAUACGUUUUCAAUAAAAGACAAUUCCAUCAUUGUUAUAGCUGAUGAAACUCAAACCAGAGGAGCCCUAUUCUCUCUAGUUACUCAUCUUCACCCAAAAUCUAGAGGUAGUAUCAAACUGCGAAGUGCAAACCCUGAAGACAGUCCUCUCAUCUACUCUGGCUACUUCAGCAACGAGGACGAUUUGGAAGACUUUGCAAAAUACAUUGAAGAUUACAUUACUGUCAUCAACACAACGUAUUUUAAAGAGAUAGAGGCUGAAGUAAUAGAUCUCAAACUUGAUGAAUGUGUAGCUUUUACUUUCGGUAGUCAUGAGUACUGGAGAUGUUAUGUUUUAAACUUGGCUACUACUCAGUAUCAUGCUGUCAGUACUUGCAAGAUGGGUGUGGAAGGUCAGGGAGUGGUAGAUGAAAGGUUACGGGUCAGGGGUGUCGAAGGGUUAAGAAUAGUGGAUGCCAGUAUAAUGCCGUCUCUCACAAGUGGGAACACAAAUGCCCCAGUGAUCAUGAUAGCUGAAAAAGCUAGUGACAUGAUCAAACAAGACCAUAGCAUAAACUUGGGUUCAGAAAAUAAAUAAGAACAGUAAAUACUAAGUAACAAUUAUGAACGUGAGAAAAUUGUAGAUGAAUUUUUGGUAAGACAAUAGCGAUUUUAAUUUUAUGUGUUUUAUUAUCGUUUUAAUGUAAAUAUUGUUGUAUGGGUGAUUUUAACCUUCAUGAAAUAGACGAACAAUGUUAUUUAUAGAGUUAGGUAGUAUGUAAUAUUAUGUAGGUACAUAUAUAUAAAGUUAAUAACUUUAUUAUAAAGUUAAUAGUUCAGUAAUUUGGUAGUUUUACCUGAAAAAUUGUCCGGGUUUUGAAAAUCGCCAAUUUUGUAGAUUUUAUUGCCGCCAUUUUUCCAAAAUGACGGCGCACACACAAAGGUGCAAAAUGGAAAUCGAAAAGAGCACAUCAAAAUCAAAAAAUUGCCCACUUUCAAAACUCCCGGAAAGCGUUCCGGGUAACCCCAUAUUUCCUAAUUAAAUAUCGCACUAUAAUGGCCAAGUUAAAAACACUCGGUCAAACAAUUAAACAACAAUAAAUGUUAAUAAAAUCAAACAGAACCAAGGCCAACCACUUGUGAGACUAGUAUAAAAAUAAAUUAUUAAAUAAUAA